AUGGUGGAUUUGGAUGAGGACGCGAUCACCAAUCCCUCUGGGGGAGCUCAAGCUGAUAUUGAUUUGUCGGAUGAGACUCAGGACUUUCGCAUGCUCAACAACCUCUCAUUUGUGACAGGUUCGACCGAGCUGUCUCUCCCCAAACGGGGCGAGAAGGACUUCGAACCGAACCCGACGCUCUUUCAGGCCGACAUCCUCUCCGCAUCGCGGCAGGCCAUGCACAAUGCUCUCGCAUACCCUCGAUUACACCACCCAAAGAACUCAAUCAUCGGAGUCUACGCGCCGAACGGACCUGCCCCGCCAGCGGCCCCGAAGGCGUUGGAUACGAUCGCGGAAGACAUCCCGGCUGAAAAAGCAGCGCCUAACUCAGUCGGCGCACAUGUGUCCCCGGACUCUUGUGUCUACGUCACGAACCCCAAGGGACAACACUUCAAGUCACUCGGGCAGGCAGAUCGCUGGGGCCGGGUAUGGUUACUUCCCGAGGAGGCUCUGUACUUGCUGGAAAGAGGGAGUCUUGACAUACGGUGGCCCCGCUGUGCUGUUGGAGCUGGUGACGAAGAUGAUAUCGAAGACUCUGGGAUACCUAUGAGCUUACAAGCUGCCUACGCGUGUCUGAUGGGGCGUGGUGGGCUAACGAUGGAGAGGUUCUCCGUUUUUACUGGUCUUAGGCGGUUGGGUUACGUUGUCGUUCGAGCACCUGGAUGGAGUGAAAGUGAGGAGGAGAAAGGCGCACAGUCGGUCACGAAAUCCGGAAUCCAACAGGGGCCAGGGUUAGCCGGGAUCUUUUCUCGCUUCCUGCAAUGGUUACGCGAUACUGCGCCCACUACAGCAUUGGGACCUGUUGCUGGCCUCGGCUUUCAUCACAACUACGGUAUGAACGUCCUGCAUAUUUCGCAGACUCUCAAUCAUACCUUAUUACGACCCCGUUACUUCGGCGUCGUCUUCUCCAUCGCCAGAGCUGCCCUAUGCCGUUGUAUGUCCGCUCCACCAAGUCCCGAUUUCAAGAUUGCUGUCAUAGACGCUCGGACAACUACCACUAUACCCACCCUGUCUCAAAUUGGGAACCUGCUUGAGAGCACACCUUUAGACCCGCCUAACCCUGAUAAGCAGCUUUAUGUGCGGCUGAAAAACGGCUAUCGUAAUGUCGUGCUGGCCGUAGUCGAUCAAGGCGUUGUGAGCUAUCUCAGAAUUGCCGACGCGGCCUUUGGCAAAGAAAAAAUCUAUGCACAACGGUUAUCCGGUGGUAAUAAAUUUCGUGGAACGCCCCGGCAUAAAUUCAAGAAGCGAUGA